GCUAUCUAAACUAACGUUAUAAGGAUUAAUCUUUCAAACAGCGUCCAGAAGAAAACACACACCAGUCUGUAAAUUCUGCAAUGCAACCUUAGGGAGACUGCUGGGACCAGUUAGUAACUUUAACUGCCACUUAGAAAGAAAGCAUAAAGAAAGAGUUGGAAGAUCUGAAAAUGUUCACUUGCAUCAAUAUGAAGAAUACACAGUCAUCUGGUAUGUAUCGCCACUUACGAUAGAGACAGAGGGAGAAAUACCUAGAGAAAUACCUUCAACAUGGACACAUUUGUACCAGCUAGCAACUGAACCAAACAGUCUUUUGCGAUGACAUCACUGAUAUUUGUGCAGUUCCUUCUCUUGGGGUUAAGGAUCAUUGACACCACCACAAACACAUGGAGACACUGUACAGAUUUGCUCCCUCUGGAUCUUCUGUCUUUUGUCCUCGAGAGGGAUCCCUCCAAACUUGUACCAGGGAUGCACAUGAAGCAGGCUGGAGUGGUGAGGGGAGUACAUAUCUCAAGUCCUCAUACCUCCUUGAGCUUUCCCUCCUCCCAGCUGCUGGUGAACUGCGACCUCUUCCCCAAAGAAUUCUCCAUUGUUGUGACACUAAAAGUCACUCCCAUUGCACCCACGAGAAAUGAAUACAUCUUUUCCUUGAUGGGGCCAAAAAAAGAAAUGGAGAAAAGAGGGAUGGGGGAGAAGGAAGUGAGUAAUAAAGGGAACAUUUUGGAAAGGAAUAAAGAGAGGGGUGUCAGUGGAGAAGAGCAACAUAGAGAGAGGGAGAAGGAGAGGCGAGUCAAGAGUAAUGAGCAACAUGGACGGAUAAUCCUGGGACUGAGGUUCUCGAGAAAACGUCUGCACUUCCUUUUUAGAGGUCACGGAGGGGUCGUAGAGCGCAGGGGGUUUCGGAGCAGCCAACUGGCUGAUAACCAGUGGCACACUCUGGUGUUGGCCAUUGGCAGUCAUCAUGUCAGGCUCACAGUGGACUGCAGGCCACCACUGGAAAUUGUUCCCUCCAGGCCUUUCCCCUCAGACCUCAACAUUCAGGGAUCGAGAUUCCACAUUGGCAGUCGGGGGAGAUGGAAAGGCUUGUAUUCAGGUCUGUUGCGACAGCUGGUUUUGGUGCCAGGUUCGGAUGCCACCCAUCACAUCUGCCCCUCAUCGGACCCCCAGCUAGCAGUUCUGUCAGUACCGCCACUUCUCUCAGACCUGCCUGUCAUGGGGAGGGAGGGUGACGCCCAUCUGACUUCGUAUGAAACAGAGGAGCGAGUCUCAGUGGGGUUGGAGCGGACAUGCUCAGAGCUGCGGCAAGGCCAGCUGUGGUUCGAUCCGCUUAGGAAAGGCCUCUACCUCUGCGACGGUACAGUGUGGAUCACUGUGCUGGAGGAUCAUAAACGACUGGACUAUGUGUUGGAACACCAGGUCCUCAUCACCAGCUCAGAGACACAUGAUGUAGAGGUGUUACAGGUACCUGGCGUGGGUCUGAUGGCUGCUAUGGCUCAUCGGUCACCAGCCUCUGGCUCUGCUGUGUAUCUGUGGAGCCACACGGGUUUCCAGCUCUACCAGAAUAUCAGCACAUAUGAAGCUCUGGCUUGGAGACACUUCAUCAUGGACAAGAAGAUAUAUCUGGUGGUGUCUAACUCUGGCGGUGGGCCAGACAAGCAUUUUAACAAGGAAUCAGAGACAGACUUCUCUGUGAUUUUUAAGUGGAGCAAAAGAAGAAAACGGUUUGUGCGGUUCCAGACUCUGCAGACCCACUGUGCACGGGACUGGGAGGCCUUUAACAUCAAUCAACAAACCUAUCUCGCUGUGGCCAAUCAUAGACAAGGUAAUAAUAAUCACGCCAUAGACAGUGUGAUAUACAAAUGGAACAGGUUAACAAAGUCUUUUGAGGUUCACCAGAUGCUGCCGACCUCAGGAGCCUACGACUGGGAGUUCUUCACAGUUGGACCGUACCAUUUCCUGGUGGUUGCAAAUGCCUUUGAUGGAGUGUCUACAUCUGUAGACUCAGUCAUCUACGUUUGGGUCAAUGGAAGCUUCCAGGUGUUUCAGACAAUUAAGACAUUCUGUGCCACAGACUGGGAAAUGUUUCAGAUUGGCAAUAGAGUCUUCUUAGUUGUUGCCAAUGGACACAGUCUCGUUGGUAAUGGACCAAGUCGAUAUGCCAUCAACUCCACUAUCUACGAACUGGACAUGAAUGGACAGCUGUUUGUCCGCUUCCAGGAUAUUGUCACCUACAGUGCAGUGGACUGGGAGUUUUUUAACCUCGGGGAGGAAUAUUUUCUGGUUGUUGCUAACUCCUUUGACGGAGAAUCCUACUCUCUCAACAGCGUUCUCUACAGGUGGCAGGGAUAUGAAGGCUUUGUUCCUGUCCAUUGGCUCCCAACGAUUGGGUGCAGUGACUGGGAGUUUUUCAACUCUAAAGGAGAAUCAUAUCUGAUCUACUCUAGUGCCAAAGCACCUCUUGCAAAAGUGUUCAAGCUGAAAACCUUCUAGGCAAAAAAAAAAAAAAAGAGAGAGUGUGCAUGUGGCUUUAUGUUGUGUGUGUGUGUGUGUGUGUGCAUGCAAUCCUUUGUAAGUGUCUGUAUAGAAAAGUGUCUGAAGAUGUUUGCAAUAGCCUUCUGUUUAAAAUGUGUGAGUGUAUUUAAGUAAAAUACUGUGCCUCUUCGCAAUUUUCAGUCAGGGCCGAAUUGGUGGGUUUAAACAACCUGAACCGGAUUUUACAGUCUAUUACACAGAAAUUGCACAUAGUGGGUUUUUUAAAAAUUAUUCUAAUAUUUCUGAUAAAAUAAAAUAAAAAUUUGCAAGAAAUAUUAAUUUAAAUUGAAUUAUGAUAAAAGGAUUUAAUAUUUCUGUACAAAAAUCACAUCCUAGGUUAUUUUUAAACUGUGUUUUAGUUUAAUCAUGUAAGGAGAUAAAAUUGACCAAAAAUAUUUAUAAAAUAACAAAUAAAAAGAAAAUUAAAGGGGCAGUUUGGGAUUUUUUUAAGUGGGCUGUAUGAGGUAUUUAUCAAUAAUAAGCGAAUUACCUGCAGUAAAUGGAGUCAGAUAUUUUGACAGAGAUCAUUUGUGUGCAUUGUCUAAAAGAAAUUAAUACAACUCAGGGUAGCAUCUGUAAGAUUUCUAUCUUUCUGUAAAAAACAUUUAAUAUUAAUAAUAUUUAACAUUUUGUUUAACUGGAGUGUGCGUUCUGUCAUGAACUGAUUGUUGCUUUUUGCCUCUGAUUGCAUGACUUAUAUAUAAAAAAGAUAGUAAUUUAUUGAAAUUACAAUAAACCAGACUUAGUAUGUUUAUAUGUAAGAAACGAGUUGUUUGUGCAUUGGUUAUGUUCAAUUAGAGCUUGUAGGGUAAAUAAAAGGAUGGCAAAGAUAGCCUGGAGGAUCAAA